AUGCCCACUAUCCGCCGUCGAGUUCAACACACCACCCCCGUCGCUCACAGCGCUCCUCGUCUUCCCGACGAGAUGUUGCUUUACAUAUUUGACUAUACCGCCCUCCAUAUUCCAGACGACGAAUUCGCAGACAUCUCCAGCACAACCCUUUGCUCCUUCAUGAAAUUUCAUGAAUCCAUUUCGGCCUGUGUGGGCGUUUGCAAGACCUGGCGAAGGGUUGCACUCCCAAUGCUCUAUAACACGGUCGUGUUGCGGAGUCCGGCUCAAGCCCAAGUUCUUGCAGCGACACUGUCCAGAACGCCUGAUUUCGGCCGGCUCAUCAAGAAGCUGAGGGUCGAAGGGCACUUUGGAGAGCGGAUGUUUGAUAUUCUCAAGGCCGCCUCCAACAUAAACGACAUCUUUAUCACCCUCAGUGUUCACUAUGCGGCCGAAGACCUCGAUGGGCUUGUAAAGGGGCUACCGCUCAUCAAUCCACGGCGCCUCAUCGUUCACCAAACUAUCCCUCGAAAAAUGAAUUCCUUCGGAAAACAACUCAGAGAUGCGAUCACAGAAAUAUGCAUUCCGGCUUGGACAAACUUGUCCGUGGUCAAGGUCACUGAGAACGGUUUUUGGACUAAACUUGGUGAAUCUAUCGCCGCCUCGUCCACUAUAGUGACAGUCUGCAUCUACGACGAAGUCGGUCAACUUGGCAGCGGUGGCAUAGACGCUGGCUUGCCCAAUUAUUUCACCAAAAUUACCGAGAGCAAAGCUCUCCGAGAGAUUCGAAUCGAACCACCCUUGUUCUCGACGGAUCUUCCAGAGAUCAUCGAGAAUAACCAAUGUUUUGUUGAGCUUAUGGAACUUGAUGAGCGUCUCAAAUGUCUGAUAAAACUCGAAGCUGAGUCGUCGGGGGAAGCACCGAAUUACUUCGUCUAUCCCCCACAGCUGGCUGCCGAUUCCGCAGCCGAGGACAAGAUAUGGGACUUGGUGCUGCAGUUUCAUUAUAGCUUUGCCUCUCGGCUUGGGAGGCAUGCGUUGUCUCCGGUAUUGGUUUGUCGACAAUUUGGGCGUUUGGGCCUCCCGCAUCUUUACGAACGAGUAUCCCUUUCAAGCAAUAAUUCGGCCGACUCCUUUGUCUCGCGACUCAAUUUAAACCCCCUCCUUGGUCAACAUGUUCGCCAUUUCAGUAUUUUUGCGCGGGGAGCAAUUCGCUACCGCGAAUGUGCUCAUAUGCUCCGCUCAUUGACCUCGUUCAAGUGUAUUCCAGAUGGACGAACGACCAGUGUGGCUUUCUCGGGGACUGAUUUGGAGCUCCUUGGUCGAUUCACGGGUCCAACAGUGGAAUCUCUUCAAGUUUCCGCUCAUCCUCACCAUGAGGCACCGAAUGGACAUGGGCCCAGUCCACUGUUAUUCAAUCCAUUCCGAGCUCUAACAUCACUGCACUGGGACUCACUCAUGCGGUUCCAAUUUCGACACUAUGAUGUGACCUUCAGAGAUGCUUUGCCCGAACUGGUGAACCUUUCUCUGGGCAGAUUUGACACUUCGUUUCUUUCAGCGCUCUCACGGAUGAGUCUACCGAAACUCAGAUCAGUUAACUUUUAUCCCGAGUUCCGGACCCAGGUUUCCGAUACAAAGUUGGAAGGAGGCGGGGUUGAGUUUCUGCAAAGACAUGGAGCAAAGUUACAAGAAGUCACAGCUGGCCCAUCACAGCUAAAGGGAAUCCGAGAGUCAGGCAACCCUUUUGACCCUGACACUCCGUCUCCUAUCCUGGCCAACUGCAUCACAGCGCUUGAGGUUUUAACCAUCGUGUGCACCAACUAUGGUCCAUUUGCUCUCGGAUACGAUACUAGCCGUAGCUAUCCAGCGCUGAGACGGGUAAUUAUCAAAACAAGUACUAAUCUUCUAGAGAAAGAAGUACUCGCGCUCAACCGCCUGGUUGAUCAAUUGAUUACGGUCCGGGAGGAGCACUUCCCCAAUCUUGACUCUGAGAUCGAGCUUUCUGGGUAUCACUGGCCCAGUACACAGCAUGAUAUCGUGCGAAGUAAAAUUGUCCUCAAGACGGAAGCUCUCCGUCUACACGGUCUGCAUAUCGUCGACACGACUGGUGUCCGAUGGCGUUCCCGACUUCAGUUGCAGCCUGAACUGGAUCUACUACCACCACCACCACCACCACCACCGCCACCGCCGCCACCGAAACCCACUCUGCUCGAGUCAGUGCCGCUACCUGAUCCAAUGAGAAGAUUCAUCCAGUCAAUCGUUGUGAGGCUACGGAGUUGA